AUGACGAGAAAGAAGACGACCGAGAUUCGGCGUAAAAAGGAUGAAAUCAGUGACAAAAAAGCAAUUGUGAGCUCGGAGAGUAAGCACAAAGGUGAGAGACUCAUCGAUUUGAAGCAAUGGAGGGAAGAUCCCAAGAGAUUUGAGCUGAAUCGAAGGAAAUCGCACCGAGAAACUGCCGAGAAAACACAAGAAAGCGGCAAAAAGAAAAUGAGAAAAAAGGUUUCUACAACACCCACCCGAGCUUUCAUAAGGCACAACGAUCUCCGUUCAGAUCCUCACGACGGGUUUUGGCCGGCGCAACCGACUGUGCCGUGUAACUUACCGGCGGAGGUCUGUGUUCUCUGCGAGAAGUUUAAGUCACAUUACCUUGGGACACAUAACGGGAGGAGAUUAUCUUGGCAGACUAAUAUGGGAACAGCUGAUGUCAAAGCGACGUUUGGUAAAGCUCACAGGCACGAGCUAAACGUUUCUGUUGAACUAAGCUUGAAGGAAUCCACGGCCGAGCUCACGUCCCGACCCGGAAAGCAACGUCCCAAGGUCGAGCCGCUCCUUAGCUCAACACCACAAGCCGUGCACGACCGCGCCGCGCGAACAGGACGGCAACAGCUCGCGGCCGCGCGGCACAACCCAUGUACCGCGGGCGACCCAUCCGCACGAACAGGAAGGCAUGGUCCUGUGACCGGCCAAGUUUCAUCGGCCAAAACCUAUCCAUCCGUCCGACCCCGUCGGCCGAACACGAAAACUAUCGGCCACGAUCGUCCCGACCGUACCAAUGGCCGACUACGAUCCGAACGUCGUGAGACAGUUUGGUUCCUAUCUACCGUUGGUGUUAAGCGAGAACUGCGAGGACAACCCCUCCCGAAGGCUCGUAGAGACCUUCAAAAGAAUACAAGCAAGUGUAGCUCACUCUCCCCCGACCGUCCCGACCGACCGUCCGAACGGUCCGAUCGACCCGAAGCCCGUUUUCAAGCCCGUUUCACACGUUUUCACAGCCCGGCUUCACCUAAUGCCGCCUUUGAAGCCCUAGCAUUAUAA